CUGGGCCGCGGAGUUGGUGUCCCGGCUCGGACCCCGGCGCCCAGCCCGGAGCCGUAACCUUGAGGCGGCGGCGGCGGGGCCGGGCCGGGCCGGGCCGGGGGGCGGCGGCGCUGGAUCCCCGGCUACCCGAUCGUUGGCGGGAGAUGUCGAACCCCGGGACGCGCAGGAACGGCUCCAGCAUCAAGAUCCGUCUGACAGUAUUAUGUGCCAAGAACCUUGCAAAGAAAGACUUCUUCAGACUCCCCGACCCCUUUGCAAAGAUUGUUGUGGAUGGAUCUGGGCAGUGCCACUCAACGGACACUGUGAAAAACACAUUGGACCCAAAGUGGAACCAGCACUAUGAUCUAUAUGUUGGGAAAACUGAUUCUAUAACCAUCAGCGUGUGGAACCACAAGAAAAUUCACAAGAAGCAGGGAGCUGGCUUCCUGGGCUGUGUGCGGCUGCUCUCCAAUGCCAUCAGCAGAUUGAAAGAUACUGGAUACCAGCGUUUGGAUCUAUGCAAACUAAAUCCCUCAGAUACUGAUGCAGUUCGUGGCCAAAUAGUGGUCAGUUUACAGACACGAGACAGAAUAGGCACUGGAGGGUCUGUGGUAGACUGCAGAGGACUGUUAGAAAAUGAAGGAACCGUGUAUGAAGACUCCGGGCCUGGAAGGCCACUCAGCUGCUUCAUGGAGGAACCCGCCCCUUACACAGAUAGUACCGGUGCUGCUGCUGGUGGAGGGAACUGCAGGUUUGGGGAAUCCCCGAGUCAAGAUCAAAGGCUUCAGGCGCAGCGGCUUCGAAAUCCCGAGCUCCGAGGGUCCCUCCAGACGCCUCCGAACCGCCCCCAUGGCCACCAGUCCCCGGAACUGCCCGAAGGCUACGAACAAAGAACAACAGUGCAGGGGCAAGUUUACUUUUUGCACACACAGACUGGAGUGAGCACUUGGCACGACCCCCGGAUACCAAGUCCCUUGGGGACCAUUCCUGGGGGAGAUGAAGCUUUACUAUACGAAUUCCUUCUACAAGGCCAAACAUCUGAGCCCAGAGACCUUAACAGUGUGAAUUGUGAUGAACUUGGACCACUGCCACCAGGUUGGGAAGUCAGAAGUACAGUUUCUGGGAGAAUAUAUUUUGUAGAUCAUAAUAACCGAACAACCCAGUUUACAGACCCACGGUUACACCACAUCAUGAAUCACCAGUGCCAACUAAAGGAGCCCAGCCAGCCGCUGCCGCUGCCCAGCGAGGGCUCAGUGGAAGACGAGGAGCUUCCCGCCCAGAGAUACGAAAGAGAUUUAGUUCAGAAACUGAAGGUCCUCAGACACGAGCUUUCACUUCAGCAACCCCAAGCUGGUCAUUGCCGCAUUGAAGUAUCCAGAGAAGAAAUAUUUGAGGAGUCUUAUCGCCAGAUAAUGAAGAUGCGUCCAAAAGACUUGAAAAAACGACUAAUGGUGAAAUUUCGUGGAGAAGAAGGUUUGGAUUAUGGUGGAGUGGCAAGGGAGUGGCUUUAUUUAUUGUGCCACGAAAUGCUGAAUCCAUAUUACGGGCUCUUCCAAUAUUCUACGGACAACAUUUACAUGUUGCAAAUCAACCCAGAUUCGUCCAUCAACCCUGACCAUUUGUCUUAUUUCCAUUUUGUUGGUCGGAUCAUGGGUCUGGCUGUGUUCCAUGGACACUACAUAAAUGGGGGUUUCACAGUCCCCUUUUAUAAGCAGCUACUGGGGAAGCCCAUCCAGCUCUCUGACUUGGAAUCGGUGGACCCAGAACUACAUAAGAGCCUAGUGUGGAUUCUAGAGAAUGAUAUCACACCCGUGCUGGACCACACGUUCUGUGUGGAGCACAACGCUUUCGGGAGGAUUCUCCAGCACGAGCUGAAACCCAACGGCAGAAACGUCCCUGUCACGGAGGAGAACAAGAAAGAAUACGUCCGGUUAUAUGUAAAUUGGAGGUUUAUGAGAGGAAUCGAAGCCCAGUUCUUGGCUCUUCAGAAGGGGUUUAAUGAGCUCAUUCCUCAGCACUUACUGAAGCCCUUUGACCAGAAGGAACUAGAGCUGAUCAUCGGCGGCCUGGACAAGAUAGACCUGGGCGACUGGAAGUCCAACACGCGGCUGAAGCACUGCGCGGCCGACAGCGACAUUGUCCGGUGGUUCUGGCAGGCGGUGGAGGCCUUUGACGAGGAGAGGCGGGCCCGGCUCCUGCAGUUCGUCACGGGGUCCACCCGCGUCCCCCUCCAAGGCUUCAAGGCUUUGCAAGGUUCUACAGGCGCCGCAGGGCCCCGGCUGUUCACCAUCCACCUGAUCGACGCCAACACAGACAACCUUCCGAAGGCCCACACCUGCUUUAACCGGAUCGACAUUCCACCUUAUGAGUCUUAUGAAAAGCUCUACGAGAAGCUGCUGAUAGCGGUGGAAGAGACCUGUGGGUUCGCUGUGGAGUGAAGAGCAACCAAAGGCAACAGAUUCUAGCUCACGACCACCAGACCAAAGCCUGCCGCUUUCUGCGCGCCGCCUGCCAAGCAGGCUGAGGCACGGGAUUCUCGAGGACCUGGGGGGGCGUCUCCCCGCCGCGGUGUUGGGGAGCGAGGGGCAGGGGACUUUGGUUCAUGGCUCCCACCCACCUUUCCUCCUUAUGACAGUACUCCCACCCCUCCAUCACCCAUCCAAUAAAAUGCAGCCAGGUUUAGAUCUGGCUUCGCUCACACAGGAUAUUCUGCUCCAGUUGUAACAUCUGGCCAUAGGCUCACUGCCCUGUGGUGUUUACAGGAGGAUCACCCCGAGUCAUGAACUGAGCUCAGCCUUCUGCGGGUUUGGACCUGGUAGCUACGCUAGCGAUUCUGCCUCGGAACAGUCCUGAGGCCCCUUUCCAGUUCAGCAGCUCAAAUUCCAAAUCUCACGGCCUAGCAGCCUGCUCUGGUCGCAGAUUAACUCCCACCUGAAAACUUACUGUAAUAUACAUGCUCCCUGCGACUCUGCCAGCGCAGGAGAUUCAGUCCCAAACGUGCUUCCCUUUUUGAAAGUAAAGGGACAGGGGCGGCGUUAGCUGGAGGCCAGGGCCUUUCUUUCCAGGGUGUCCUGGUUGAAAAUUUUGUUUUGCGGAGAGAAAAAUGACCUUUCCUUUUAAGAGUCCUUUUUGCCACAUUAUCUACCCAGUUUGAAAUAUUUUCCCAGUAGAAACACCACGUAACAGAGCUCCCAAGCUGUGGCUCCUGCCCCGCAGAGAGUUCAGCUGGGCCAUUCGGAUACUAACAAACUAUUAUGCGGAAAUUGCUGACAGCUAGACUAAUAAAGCAAAAUUCUGUUACGAUAGCUGCUGGUUUGGUGCAGACGAGCCUAAAGGGGAGCGAGGGAACAGGUAACCGCAAUGACCGAAAUCCACCCCAAGUUACUGUUUUACAAAAAGAGGGUGUGGGUGUGACCCUGACAGCAGAGGGAGACCCGCCCUGACCCAUUUCCCACGCCAGGUGGUGCGGCUGACAAAUGCCACUUGAUUGACUUGCCCUGAUGUCUUCAUGUCAUGAGCAAGGCCAAAGCUGAGACCCGAAGUUCCUAGCGCCGUUUUCCAAUUUGCACAAAAGUUUGGACAGUGUUUUAACGAGCAGCUUGAUUCCAGAGAGCUGAGCUCCGUGAAGAACGGCAGCGGCCUCCGGUUUUCCCGUCUGGUUUUUGUUGUUUUUGUUUAGGGGCAAGUGCAGGGUCAUUCAUUAGCGAGACGUUUCCCUGUUGAAAUUUCGCUGUUGAGGCUUCUGAAUUAGCCGCUGGGAUCCGGCUGUGGGUCAGUGGGUUCGGAAGGAGCGUUUGGCCAGCUGUCCCACUGUUCUGCUGUCGCUGAUGCUGGACCGUGGGGUGUGGAGGCACACCUGCUUCUGCAUUUUGCGGGGUCCCUUGGCUUGCCCUAGAGGCGGUCUGUCAUUUGAUGUGGGCGUGCACAGACCCUCCCCCUGCACAGAGGUUUGUCCAGUUUGUGGAUUCUGAGAGCUAAGCCUCUGGGCUACUUUCUGGGGCUCAGAUAGAAGGGAUGUCACGCGUGACUUGCUGUAGAAGGAAAACGUAGUCCAGUCACUAAGUCCCGGCCGAACUGUGGGCUUUGUCUCCAGGAGUCCGCUUGGUCCCAGUGGGGCUUGUCCUGUGCCUCAUUUCCCACGAUGCUUUCCGAGGGCAUCCUAGACGCUCAGUGAUUCCCUCCGGUCCUCGUAACCUUCUGGAAGAAGGAGGGAAUGGAAAGUACAGACCUCCACCAGGUGGGUCCUCUCUCCUGUGAGCCUGCCCGGUGGGAGGAGGAGAGGACAUCCGUCAGGGCUGGCAGGCCUGGCGGCGGAGGUAGGACCUUGCCUGUGGCGGGAAAAGGGUCCAGGGGUGGGAAGGACUUGGAGGCAGGAAGGUUGCUUUGACUCCUUUAUAACCGCCUUCCUGCCGUGGGAAGGAGCCAGGGACCAUCCUCCUGUUCUCGCCGUCAGGUGUCGCCUCAGUGAGGUCCAGAGGGUCAUGUCUGGUCCUCCGGGAGCUGCUUGGGACCCGUAAGGCCUGGGCCUCUGCUUCUGUACCUACACUUGCCCGCGGGCGCCUCGUCAGCCUAGCAAGCAGACCUUCCCAGAGCUCUGGGAGGACCAAACAGGCCUACCUGUCCGUGGCAUUGCACUUCUAGAACCUUAAGUACUGACAACUGUUCGGGCCUCUCGAGCCGCCCCGCCCCAAAGAACAGUGUAGCACGCAGUUGGCCCGAGCUCCCACGACUGCACUCUGGGUCUGCGGGAGCCCCUCACCCGCCCGCUCUCCUCUGUCCCUUCUCGGCCGUGCCUCUGCCCAGACGCUCCGCCCGACUCUCAGGCUGGCCCUCGCCAGCCGUCAGCAGCCGACCCUCAGGGAUGUAGCAGACCACCCCCUGCCAGCGCUUCAGGUGGGAAAGCGAAGGGGUUGCUGUGGGGAGAACCCGCCUGCCCGAGGGGGUGGUGGCCCCUGGGUCCCCAUUCAGGUGCGAUGGUCCUCGAAGCAGAGCGUCGGGAGGGGCCUGUGCGGAGCCAGGGCCGCCCCGCCCCGCAGCCAGGCGCGCACCGCCCGAAACAUAGGAUGAAUUUUUAAAAUUUGUUUAUUUUUGUUUCUCAACCACUUUAUAAUGUAUUUAAUUUAUUUUGUAAUGUCUUGUUUUUAAGUAUUGCUGCUAUCCUUGUUAUUCUUCCCACUGUUUUUAUUGCUGAUUUAUUUUGUGAAAGUUGUACACUAAUGUUCUGUUUUAUGUCAAAAUCGAAAGUAUUUAAAGAAAUACUAGUUCUAUUUAAUGUGGUUAUGGAACCAGCUGGAAACACGAAACAAACAGCGACUGUACAGCAGGCUGGACCCGGGAGGGUAGGUCCAUUUUGUUACAUAUGCAAUAAACUCACGACUUUACAUGA